AUGGAGGCUGAACAGGAAAAGAAUGUCAUUAACAGCGCUAGGCGUUUGAGUCAACUAAGGAGGAAAUACCUUGAGUUGAAAAUUGCGACUUGGAUUUACCGACGGUUGAAACCCGAAAGAGAGGAGGAGGGAGAGGCGCAGAUGGAGGAGGGAGAGGCACAGACGGAGGAGGAGACACCGGAGACACCGGAGCCUCUUAUCAUGGAAGAAACAGCAAUGGUUGAAAAGCUUCGAAAAAUCAACAGGAACAGGGGUAACUUUCUACUGAAGAAUCACAAGAGAGCCGCCGGAAUGUUGAAAAGGAAGAGAGAACAGAGGAGGGAGGAUGCGGCUUUCGAAUACAACUGCAAGAGACACAGGGAUUGA